ACCAGGAGAUCAUAAUUAGGCUCCCAUAAAGAGACAUCCGCUGACUAUUCUGGGCUGUUAACUGUGUGGGGUUAACAAAGAGCCUGGACACCAUGUUGAGGCUGAAACAGAAACUAACUUUAAUCUUCCUUUUUCAAACCUCCCCUUUCUCCCCACACAGUGCCACCUAGUGGUCCUGAACUAUAUACAACUAUUACCACAUUAACUACCAAUCAACCCAACCAAAGGAAUGGUCACCCAGAACCCUAACAAUAAAUGCUUGACAUUUUUUUCAGUUAAUGCAACUGAAGGGGUACAUUGCUGCAGUGGACACCAUGACUGGCUGGACACUCGAGUCGCAAAUGUCAGUAAGGGCAUGAAAAAGCUGCAUACCGUUCUUGCCAUUCACUUCAUGGCAUUCUUGGCAUUCACUACAGAAGGUUGGAGGCAGCAUGAGUUCCUAUCUGUGUUUCAGAGUCUCUUGGGGUGCCCUGUAUGAAGAGAGAUGUCAUGAUUCCCAGAAUCCUCAGAGGAUACUGGGCCGGGGGCGGAGGGGCAUCGGGCAGAGGACCAAAAGACCAAAUGCAAACCAUCUCUUCCAGAUCAAUGAGGCCUACUGCGGUUGCCUUGCCUCAGAGCCCUCUGGAUCCUGGAGCCACCCAUGAGAAUAUUGGCUGGCUGAAUGUCAAAAAGGGCCAUGUCAAAUGGCUGAAUGUCAAAAAAAAAAAAAAAGAAAGAAAGAAAAAGAAAAGAAAAGAAAAAGAAAAAAAGAAAAAAGAGGCCAGACAGCAGUUCUAAGUGAAGCCACAAGACUGUCAAGGGGUGAGGAAUUAGUUCUAAUGGUAUUGGUGUGAUGGCUCCCUCCCCUUUUGGAACAGGCCUCAUGACAUGCAUGUGAGAGGGCAGUGAUGUUUCUCUUCAGUGCCACUGUGAAGCCAUCACUUGCGGGAACCCAGACAAGCACAGCCUUCCCAGGAAAAGUCCUUUGGCCACUGUUUCUCCAGCCAUCCAGAUCUGAACGCACACCCUGCCAAGAGCGAAGGAAAAAGUCCUCCCAUCAUGUCUUUUUUUCUGGCUUCCAAAGUAGACAGAUGCUUAUGAUCUGCCUGGAAUCCUGGAUGUGUGAGCUGCGGAAAUAUUUUCCCUUGAGGCUUUCCAGGUCACAGUGAACGGGGGGAGCUUGGCAGAUUGCUUUCCUUCUGAAGAGCAGAGGCGUUCUUCUGAACUGUGUGUUGCUGAUCCAGGCUCAUAGCUCUUGCUCCUCUGCUUGGUGAUUUACCCCUGCCCCCAUCAGUUACACACACCCACCCCUGACUGAGGAUUAUCUGCACAUCUGAGAUGGAGCUGCAGAAGAUGGGAGAGGAGAUGGGCACCGAGAGGCUGAAUGGGACCAUCCCUGACAGUGACAAGGCUGCUGUCCUGGAGGAUGGCUACGAGGAAGAAGAACGCAUGAUGGCUGAGAAAGAAGAGUUCCUGCCCCACAUUGCCAGCAAGAAACUGAGCCAGUUCACUGAUUUCGAGGGGAAGACGUCAUUCGGGAUGUCAGUCUUUAACCUGAGCAAUGCCAUCAUGGGCAGCGGCAUCCUGGGCCUGGCCUAUGCCAUGAGCAACACGGGAAUCGUCCUCUUCGUGGUGCUUUUGAUCUCCAUUGCUUUGCUGUCUUCCUAUUCCAUUCACCUGCUGCUGAAAUGCGCUGGAGUUGUGGGAAUUAGAGCUUAUGAACAGCUGGGAUUCAGGGCAUUUGGCCAUUCAGGCAAAGUGAUUGCUGCUGUGAUAAUCUCAAUGCAUAACAUAGGAGCAAUGUCGAGUUACUUGUUCAUUGUGAAAUCUGAGCUGCCUCUUGUGAUCCAGACCUUCUUAGGACUGAACGAGAACACCAAUGAGUGGUACAUGAACGGGAAUGUUCUAAUAAUCAUUGUCAGUGUUUGUGUCAUCCUGCCCCUGGCUAUGAUGAAACAUCUGGGCUACCUUGGUUACACCAGCGGACUCUCACUCACCUGUAUGUGUUUCUUUCUUGUCUCGGUGAUCUACAAGAAAUUCCAGAUCCCCUGUCCCCUCAAUGAGACACAUCAUGAAAGUUCCUGGGUCUAUGAUAACGGGCACAACAUCACCACUGAAGAGGGCGUUUGUACUCCUGCCGUCUUGACUGUCAACUCUAAGACAGCAUAUGCUAUCCCCAUCUUAGCGUUUGCCUUUGUGUGCCAUCCAGAGGUCCUUCCUAUUUACACAGAGCUUAAAAGGGCCUCAAAGCAUCGGAUGCAGAAUGUAGCAAAUGUCUCCAUCCUGGCCAUGUUUGUCAUGUACCUGCUCACUGCCAUCUUUGGCUACCUCACCUUUUACGGGACUGUGGAAGCUGAGAUGUUGCACACCUACGUCAAAGGGGACCGGCUUAUGCUCUGCGUGCGAUUGGCUGUGCUGCUAGCUGUGAUACUCACCGUGCCUGUGGUCCUAUUCCCAAUCCGCAGGGCCAUCCAGCAGUUGCUGUUCCACAAGAAGGAUUUCAGCUGGCUUCGUCAUGUCAUUAUUGCCAUUUGCCUCCUUAUCAUCGUCAAUCUUCUUGUCAUCUUUGUACCAAACAUCAAGGACAUUUUUGGUUUCAUUGGAGCCACAUCAGCCCCCAGCCUCAUCUUCAUCCUCCCUAGCAUCUUCUACAUCCGUAUUGUUCCCAACGAAAAAGAGUCGCUGCUAUCAAGAUCCAAAAUCCAGGCUGCCUGUUUCGCUGCCCUGGGCUUCGUGUUCAUGGUGAUGAGUCUCAGUUUCAUCAUUGCUGACUGGGUAACGACGGGAAAGAGCAGUCUCGGGGGGCACUAACCCCCUUCUUCCCCCAGAGACACAGUGGUUCCAGCCAGGGAGGACGCUUCAGUGCCAACAAGAUGGCGUCACCACCUCCUGUUUCUCCUUGCUCAUCCUGGAGAUGGCGCAGUUCCCCGCCCAUCAGUAUGGGGAAGUAUCUAAAGACAGUUUGUUGCCAUGGCAAUGCAAAGUCACCUGGAACUGCACUGGGGGCUCCUCAUUGGUCCUUUUGGACUCUGUGGCCAUAAAACGGGUUCUCGGCAAGAGGCUACCUGUUGCCAUGGAUACAGCAUACGUUCUCCUCAAUGGUCAGUUUUGGUGCUAUGACAACAUAGUUGACCGUUAAAGGCUGUCAGCUCCUAUGGUAGCAGCACAGUGCUCCUCAUCUUCUUUCAUCCCUGGCAGUAUGAUACCAUUGCAUGUCACAGCAAAACUGUGUGGGUUUUUGGUUUCUUUUUUAAUCCAGUGCAAUAGGACUUUCUCUCAACAUCUGUGGGGUUUUUUUGCCAUUGUGGAAGGAGUUCCUGGUUAGUGUCCUCUCUUGUCACUGUAGCCACAGUGUCUGGGUGUCUCAGUGGCAGCAUUUCCUGUUUCUUUUCCCUUAUUGUUCAGCAUUGAAGUAGAGCCCUGCUCUUUCUGUUCCCGUGGAGACAGGGCCCUAGCCUUCAUCCACUUGUCUUCCCUCCCUGACUCUGGUAUCACUCAAAUAAGGAUAAUGAUACCAACUACAGGGGUGGGAAGAGGGUUAGUAACCCCAAAAUGGGGGUGGCCAAAGCCAGCAGUGCUCCCUUCUGGACAAUCUAAUUUAUUUGAUAGUAUUUAAUUUGGACCUGGCUACCAGACCAAAGACUACAGCAUAACCAUCCUGGGGCCUCCAUAGUCCCUGCCAGGAUUCCUGAUUUCUCUGACUAAGGGGAGGCCUGGCAUGUUGAAACUAGGGAGGGUGGGCAGGCUGGGAGCCUGGGCCCUCCUUAGGCUCUAUUCCCAUAUCUGGGAGGGAAAAUGGGUCUUAUAGGGUUAUACAAGGCGGUUGGAGGGCGGGGGGAAGGGUUCCAAGGUAGUGGUAGGGAAAUGCAGCUGUCCUGUGGCUUGGUGGAGGGUCCUUGUUCUGUCCUGUUACAGAGUGAUACAAGAUUUCUCCUGAGGCUGCCCAGAAAAGUUUCACUUUGCCUACACUACAGUGUCACCUGCUGGUUCCCCUUUGGUCAGAAUGAUCAGCUCUCCAGAUAUCACAUCUGGAUUAGGGCUUCUGUCCUUUGCCUCCUGAGAACUUGAAGGUGGAUUGGGGCAGCAUGUAUGGCCCUAAUGCGUAUUAAAAUAACUUCAAGUUGAUUCUGAUGUGCAGCGAGCAGGUAGUGGAGACGUGGUCUGACGGAAGAGCAUUGCAAGCCAACCAAGAUGUAAUGUGUAAAUGCUCAUUCUGGGAGGCACAGAAAUGAACUUUCUGCAUCACCUCUCUUCAUACCAAGAGACAGUGAUGGAGUGGAUUGGGCUGGGAGCCCUGUUCCUUGAGGAAUCUUGAGAGAUCAGGGGAGUCCCUGUCCAGUGUCCAGUCUUGGCUACUUCUGGUGCUGCUGUUUUCUUUUGGCCUGAUGCUUUUUCUUCGUGUGUGUGUGUGUGUGUGAGGGAGAGAGAGAGAGAGAGAGAGAGAGAGAAUUAUGCUUGCUUUCCUUUUGCCUAGAUGGGCCACCAUUUUUUCCUUUUCUUUUCAAGUCCUGCUUCAGAUUUACAUCAGAGUUCUUGGCUGCAAUCUGCUAUAGUCCCUGGAGUCUUUGCCUGUUGGGUCAGGGCUGGCCCUAUAAUUUGGGGGGAAACAGCCUGCUUUGGGCAGCAGAAUGAAGCACAGGAAGCUACUUUAUACUGAGUCAAACCAUUGCUCCAUCAUGCUUAAUAUUUUAUACAAUGAGCAGCAGCAGCAGCAGCUCUCCAGAAUUUCAGACAGAUGCCUUUCAUAGCCCUACCUGAAGACACCAAGUAUUGAAUCUGAGACCUUCUGUGUACAAAGCAUCUGCUCUGAUGGUGAACUCAGCCAAUUGUCAGCAGCAAAGUUUAUUAUAUUUUCCCCAACAUGCUGGGACAAAAAGGAUACCAUCUGGAAUUCUUGCCCUAAGCUACAAAAUGCCAAUUUCUGUGUUGAAUGUUUGGUGAGAAGUUGAAAUGAAGCAAUGAACUGGGUCUGAUUCUUCUGUUAAGAAGGUUAUCCUGAUAAUCUGACAAAGGACUGUCCCAGGAUGCUUUUCUAGAGUCACAACCUUCUCCACUCUGAUGCCCACCUGUCCCCUUCUUCUCCGUACUCUACAUAAAUGGUUUUGUCUGGUUUUUCCCCUUCCCCCUCCACAACACUCUUCCAUACACAGAUGUCAGGAAUCAUUCUGGCCUGCAUGUAGGUUCACCAAUUCUACAGGUGUGGAAUCCAAAUUGAAGUAAAAUGAGUAAUUUUAUUCAUGGAGUGCUUUGAAAACUGGCUACACCAAGGAGUCUUCCAAAUUACCCAGAUCUGUAAUGGAGACUCUCUCGCCUUUUAAGAAAAGUUCCACUGGAUGGCUCUGCACAGACUCAGUGGAAGUGGAAAGAUCAGCUUGCUUUGCUGCCCUUACAGACCUAGUACAGCCUUAAAGUGGGCUCUAGCCUGUGUUGAGUCUAACUUGUCAUCAGUUGUACUCCGCAGUUGCUCUAGCCAUCAUUGCCAUGGUUUCUUUGUUCUCAGCUCCCCAGAAAAUGAAAGAGCUUACCAUGCUUUACCAAGUGGGAGAUGACAUUAAGGAGCAAUUGUAUCAGUCAUCCAAGAUGCCCACCAUCCCAAAGAGUGACUAGGGAAUUGACAGGGCCACCAGCCACACCCCCAGGAAAGUCCCCCCAGAGCCAUCAGGAAACCAUUGAAUCCAUCUGCCUCCAAGGGCAGACGAUCCUUAAUAGGUCCCCCAUCCCUGCAGAGUGCUUAGGCCACUGCAGGUCCAAACCUUACCUGGGUGUGAUCUGACCAUAACAAAGGAACUACAUUAAGUUUCUUCCCCAUCCAGUACAAAAUACAAAUUGAGUGCAUGACCUGCAAAGUAGGACAGUUACUAUCUGAGGAAGACCCAUGGUUAUCACAGAAGCCAUGGAUUCUUGAGCCACAGUGCCAUAUAAGAGAUCUGUUGGAGGUCCCAAGACGAUAAGACUGAGGGCAUUUGUGACCUUCACCUCCAGUUCAGGCAAGGAGUUCUUAAAUAGCAUAGUGGGGUGCAGUGUUCUCUCUAAUUUUUUUCAUCUGUGUGCCAAAUGAGUUUUGUUCUGGGCAGCAGUAUCAAGGCAGUGUGUGCACACAUGCAUUCAAAGUGGGACCUUCCUGAUUCAACCUGAGUGGGAUCUAAAAUUGACUGAGCAGACAUCAAAAAACAUAUGAGUGCACGCACACGUGCCCGCAUUGGUGGGGGGGCCCAGGUGGAGUGGUAUACCAGUAUACCAGCAGAAGCCCCAUCCUGUCUCAAGAUCCCAACACUGGGUAUGUACACUUGAAAAUGGAUAAUUCCUGGACAAGAAGAUGAAAUCACAAUAGACCAGAGCAACUUUUCCCUACUCUUUUGUCAAAUCUAGGCUGCUGCUGCACUGGGAAACCUGGUGAACUCUGUUGUGAGAGACUCACCCACCCAGGUCUCAAUAAUGCAUGCCAGGUCAGCAUGCUAAUCAAGCUCCAAUCUUGAAUGGCUGAUUUACUGAUCUUGCAUUCAGCAACUGCACAUUUAGACCUAGUGGGCUGCUGAUAUGACAAUCAGGAGAUCUCUGGUAGAGAGGAGGACUGGAAGAGAGGUUGUUAUAGGAAACUGCCAUAUACCGAGUCAGACCAUUGGUCCAUCUAGUUCAGUACUGCCUGCACAGACUGGCAGCAGCUUCUCCAAGGUUGCAGGCAAGGGUCUCUCUCAGCCCUUUCUGGAGAUGCCGGGGAGGGAACUUGGUGUCUUCUGCAUGCAGUUGCUCUUCCCAGAUUAGCCCCAUCUCCUAAGGGGGAUGUCUUGCAGUGCUCAGGCAUGUAGUCUCCCAUUCAUAUGCCAACCAAUCUCCCAUGUGUCUGUCCACUCAAUUGAGCAUCCAUCACUUCAUAAGUGUCUGCCACUUCAUCCACCCCCAUAUUCUCUUUCCUCAUGCCAUCCUUUGGCAAGUGGGGGUCCAGGUUAGGGGUUCACACUUCCCAGUUGGUGUGGGAGUUCCUUACGUGCGAAUAUUGCUUCUGUUUAAUUAUGUCGAAUAUUACAAAAUAACCUUUGGAUGGGCCUGUCUGUCUGGCAGAACACUUCUUUUGUUUGGGCACUUGAUCUGCUAGCUCCUUCGCUGGCAUAAACUGAAUAUUUACAACACUUAGGUGCAACAGAAAUGUACAUUUGGAAAUAGAGGUUUCUGCAAAGGUGGCACCCUCCCCUACAAUGACAUUUGCUGCCUGCUCUCUAUUUCAAUAUGAAGACGACUUCGUAACACUACAUAAACUGUUUGCUUCAUAUGGAGGAUACUGGCUGGUAUGUCCUGUACCACUACCUUUGGGCAUCAGCAGUGGCCAUGCUGACUCGGCUUCCCCCUCAUCACCCCUCUGUCAAGUGCCUGUGCCUCCCGCCUUCUUCCUCGGCCCAUCACCGCUUUGGCUCCUUUGGCAGACUAUUGUGAAACAUCUGAGGAGGAACUGAGCUCUUUGCAGUGGUCUAGCAGCCUCACACCUACUUCCUUGUGUCCUGGUCAAGCUGGGACUGAAGCUGUAACUGGAAGCAGUGGGAGCAGGAGAGCCAGUGACCAGGACAGAUGCUCUGCUUGCCCAGCAGUAGAGUGGAAAUGUCUUUCCUGCCUAUCCACUCAGUACACACCUAUAUUCCUGUUCCCAACAUCCUCCAUCCCUUCCCACGUAUAUCUGGGUAGCCUCAGCCUUUCUUUCUCUCUUCCCCCCACUCCCCCAUUCUGUGAAAACCUCAGGAUAGCUUUUCAUGUAGACUCAAGGGCUCUGGUUCUGCUUGGGGUGAGGGUGAGGGUGGGGAUCAGAUUUAAGGGAGGAGGGAACACCGAUUUUAAAAUGUGAAACUGAUGUAAGGACACAGUAUUUGUAUAAUUGUAAAAUUCAAUAAAGAAACUAAAUUGCUGACCUUC